AAUACACAUCCCGUCGUCGAUGAAGAAAGAGGCAGGCUGUCAUCCCGAUUAGAUGUAGCAUCCUUCUCCCAGUUUUUGAGAGGAAGAAUCUGUGGACGAUUUCGGAUAAAAUGCCGUCGCUCUUAUUCUGUGGGCCCAAAUUGGCCGCCUGCGGGAUCGUGUUGAGCGUCUGGGGUGUUAUUAUGCUGUCGAUGCUGGGGAUCUUCUUUAGUGCAAAAUCAGCUGUUCUGAUCGAAGAUGUUCCAUUUACUGAGGAAGACAUUCGUAAUGACAAGGAUCCACCGCAGAUAAUUUACGGACUCUACAACCAAGUCGGCAUCAACUGUUUCAUAGCCGCUGCCAUCUAUGUUGGUGUUGGCGCAGUAUCUCUGUGUCAGGUUCGCCUUAACAAGCGCCAAGAGUACAUGGUCACAUAAACAAAUGUGAAUUCAUCUCCUGAUAUUCCUAAUUAUUUAUAUAUAAAAGACUACUCAACAAUCUAGGAGAGAAAUGGAUCUAUUUGGCAGUUCAGCUUUGUCUCAAAAGUUAAAUAAUUAAAAUACUAAUACUGUAAAUGGAUACAAAGCGAAAUGAUUCUUUAAAACAUACAACAAAUAUGCACAAAUACAUGCUGAGUGCAUAAAUACAUGAUGUUUUGUUAGAUUAACUACACAUUCUCUAUAAUUUAAAUACACAAAAAUAGUUUUGCCUGUACUGUUGUAAAAAAAAAAAAAAAUUAAGACACUAUUAAAUACUAUGGGUCCAGAUGAUAGAAGCUGGUGUUCAUGUAGGAAUUGUGUGUGUGUGUGUGUGCGCGUGUGUGUGUGGUGCACUAUUUUCUUUUUGAAUUGCAAUAUUUAAAUGUUUGUGUGGUAAUAUAAAUGUCUGUUACUUUAUUGACCUCGCAACCUUUGUGCUGUAUACUUGGCAUUAUUAUGACAAUAAAAGAGAACUGAGAAUCUUA